AUGGCAACUUUCGACGGCAACUACGGCCGUCUUCCACGGGACCUAUUCUACUGCACGAUAGUGUUCUGCCUUUUGUCUUCGCAUUCCGAGUGGUUGAUUGCGGGUGCUUUAGCAGCUGCAUUGACAUACUCGGGCGCUGCAGCAGCUCAUAUGUGUAUGCUGGUAUCGUUCGGACCCUCCUAUGGCGAACUCGAUUUCUACGCUCUUUGCGGCAUAUUGAGCACAUCAUGCCUCAUCGCAGUUCCAUUGGUCAACUGGUCGAGCACUCUGAGGAAUCUGGGAUCCCACGAUGGUGGUAGACCUGGAACAAGGAUGAUCAUCAUAUACUGGGCGUUUUGGGUCACCUUGGGAUUUAUCUUGUGUCUGGGGAAGAUUUGGUAUGGCUUUACUCCAUAUAAUGAGAGCACCGUGAAGACGGUCGCUUGCGUGCCACCAAGGACCACGGUGAGUCUUACGGCUGGCCAGGGUCUUACUGCUGGUCAAGGCCCCUAUCUGGCAAAAUCUUCUCCUUACUUUCUCAUCGAUGCGGAGUGGAUUGGCGAUAACGGAUGUAUGGAUCCUUGCGCGCAGGGACUGUUUGCUCAACCAGCAGCGAUCUUCCGCUCGCUCUCCGAUCUCCAACUACAGUCUCUCCAUGAGAUCGAAAACUCUUAUCAAAUGAUCCAUGGUUUGCGCUUUUACAACUUGUACCUCAUAGUUGGCACCGCAAUGGGGCCUAUCGUGUUGCUUCAAGGCAUCUGGGCUAUGUGCUUUGGUAGGAGAAGUCCACGUCAAUGCAGGAUGGUGAUCUACAACUUCGUCAGACAUGCCAGGAUACCUAAGAUUGGGAGUAGCUCUAGGCACGGGAUGGCGUCAAGGAGCGGCGGACAAGGGCAGAAAAGGACCGCUAGAUAUCUCGCGACCAUAGCCUACCUAUGGGCUGUCCUCUCGACUGUCUUUUGCGUUCUUCUAUUCGUCUUCAACAUCGUCGCGAUGGAGGUGCUACUGUCGAGUUUUCCCCAGAGCGAAUCUGCGAAACACAUUGGCGCCUGGAGCCCCUGGGCCGCCACCGGGCUGAUUCUCGCUGCGGCUCUCAUCUCAAAGGCCCCCCACAAUCCGAUUCGAAAGAUGUCCCGUUCUUCCUUCCAAACCUUGCAAAGGAUCGGUGAUUGCCUCGGCUCGGGAGUCGUUACAGUAAGAAACAUCGUGUCUCGGCAGAACAAAUCGAAGCAACUUCACCCCGCGCCUAUCGAGCUGAAGACUCUUGGUCCUGUAGGCCAAGCCAAAUCUGAUCACCUGAGUGCCCUGUUCGAGGACUUGAAAAGAACGCUGGCGUCGUGCGGGAACACGGUCACCGGCGAAUGGGAGUCUCUCGUAAGGUUCUGGAGAGAGCCUGACCAUACGGAGACAGCUAUUGCUUGA